AUGGCUCCUAAGAUCAGCAGUGUUCGGAGUGAAGAAGCGCUGAACGUUAGCCAGGGGGCUGAGUCAUCACCACUGGAUACGCAGCGACCACCCGCGGCCGACGAGCGUGUUGAGAUCGUGGAGGAUUCGUACCCGAAAGCAACUGAGGCUCUCCAAGGCGGCGCCGUUCAACCACCACAGCGGCUACACGAGCAAGACGGUGAAGACGAUGAGCUCUACGCCGUCAGCCCGUACGCGACAAAGAGAUUGACCAAGGAGAAGGCAACAGUAGCGCGCGACUCGCAGAACCUUCAAGCUCCGCAAGAAGAGCAGUCGCGUCCCAAGAGCCUCAACGAGGACGGCGCUCAGCAGAUCGCGCAGGGUGCUAUAGACGAGCUGAUUUUAAGAGGCGCUACUGUUCAGAAGGAGACUGGCGACAGCACGCAGCAAAGAAAGGCCCGGUCAAGCGCAUACAACAUCCCAGGCGCGAGCCAGCGCAGUCAGAAGCAAACCGCACUCACUUCGAAGACACCUCAUGAGGCAAAACCGACACAGCAAUCUGACACGCGACCUGUAGCGCAGAAGCCUAGCGGGCUGCCGACUCCGAGCAUCACCGGCACGAAAGCAACGCCAGCUCCAGUCAUGGCCGGUCGACCAUCUGCUGUGGAUGCUCUUCGAGCAAGACAAGGUUUAUCCAGCGCGACGCCCAGCACUGCGACCUCGGUCAAACCCGCGGCGACUGCGCUGUCCACGCAACCGAAGAAGGCGACGGCUUCUGUUAAUCAUGUUGGCUCGCAGCCAUCGGCUCCGAAGGCAAAGAGCCCCGAGGCAACGCUGAAGCCUGCUGCCACCAAGAAAGUGCCGUUGCAAGGAAAGGGUCGUGCCGCUCAUAACGCACCUUCGUCUUCCAACGCUUCAGCAGCUGUGUCGAAGCGCAAAAGAGCCGCUCUGACAUCUAGUCCGAGCGGCAGCAACGUUGACGCCGGAAACUCUGGUCUAAAGAAGCCUUCUGUGCAGUCAAAGGCCUUGGCCAAUUCGAAGACUACUGGAAGAGUUCAGCCGAAGCGUGGUGCGAAAGAAGACGCAGUGUACGACCUCUCCGAGUCUUCCUACGAGGACUCGCCCCCGCCAGCGAAGAAGUCACGGCCCUCAAAAGGAAAGGGAGCCGCACAGCCCCAGAAGAAAGCCGCACCCGGUGGUUCGCGAGCCGCACAGGCGCAAGUGCAUAAUGUUCGUUCUGGUGCCAAGAUGACUUCUACCAAGCAACCACCCUCGAAAGCAACCGCAGCUGCGAGUGCGUCUACGCGCAACACAGUCAGGAACAGGAUGAGACGCGCAAGCGAAGAGCCACCGCCAGCAGCUACGAAAGUACCGGGCAGCAAGCAGAAAGUGAAGCUGCUCGCUGACGAAGACGAAGACAAGGAGAAUGAGUCUGUGGUCGUCGCAGAGCGAGAUGAGACACUGGAGGACUUCGAAGCGCAGGUGCUGCACUAUUACGACGAAGACACGCUGGCGCUUGAUCAGCGAAAGGCGAACGGGCCCCUGAUUAGCGACAAAGCCGCCAACAAGCGUCAGAGGCCGGGGGCGAACUCAGCGAAAGGCGCUGCCAUGCGUGAGCAGAGCAGCAACGCGGAAUCUCGCUCUACUACAAAGCAACUUCCACGGUCAGUUCCUGGUGCAAGCCAAGACGAUGCGAUUGUCAUUCCUGAUCAGCUAUCAUCUGAGCGUAGCUCAAUCUCUCCGCCUGCUCUCCGCAGAGCUCAACAACACGCUACUGGAAAUGCCGAAAUGCAGAUUAGACCCAGCGCGGAGACUCGAGCAGUCAUGAGGUCUUCACCUCCGUUGCGAGCUGAGCAGACUCCAGCACCGCAUUCAGCGGGCUUCGUCAAUCCAGAUACGACGAGGAAGGCGGUCAUCAUUGGCUUCAACAAGGAUGGCCCAAUGAAUCAGGGCAGGUCAUCUGCAAAGGAGAGUCCUCCUGGGUCAGCCUGGACAGAUCGCAGUUCCGACCCACCUCGAGAGGCACCGGCGAAGGGCAAAGCCAGACCCACUGGUGGUCCAUCAUCGACGGCAGCGAGCGGGAGACCUGCGAAGAUGGAGAAGCCGGCACCCAUGAAGAACGUGACUACUGACGUUCAAGAUGCACUCGCCGGUUUCAUGAAGAAAGACUACAUGCCGGUGGUACAGCCGACUGUUGCAAAGCCUCCAUCCGUGCGUCUUACAGAUCGUAGCGCGAACCAGACAGCCUUGCCGCCACUCGCGGACGAGGAAGACGAUGGCUUUACGUCGAUCGAAGCUUUCGAGGACACAACACACGUUAUUGACGAGCAAGAAGCCGCAGAGCUGGCCAAGACCACUGAGCCAACAGCUUCACAGCAAGCUAUGCCGCCUCCGAAACUCAAGCCUCGAUCACCGAGAGCAUCGAAUGUUACCAAAGCCCAACUAGCCAAGCCUGCGAUGGAGCAGCCUCCCAUCAGAUCGACCAAGCUUGGAGUUCCUAGCACGACCGCUACCGCAGGAAGCGCUACUGAGAUGCGAGGCAAGCGGAAGCUAGAGCCCUCUCUCUUUGACGAGCCGCCCUCGAAACGAGUGCAGAGGACCACAAGAUUUGCUGCAACGGAGGACGAUGAAAAGCGUAGAACCACGGGUAGUGUCGCCGCCCCGUUGCUCCGACAUGAGUCUGGCACUUUGAGUCCAGACACUGCCAUCACGACCAAAGCUGCCAAUCAUCCAUCACGAAAGCCCAGCUGGCACGCAUCCCAAGGCUCGCAGAAGGUCGACAUCUUUGGCAGUCCAAUCCCAGAUGGCAUGGUUGUGGAUGGCAAGGCCACUGUGCUUGAGGUGUUCUCCCAGCAGGCCAAUGUCUCUUCUGAUGCUGGCUAUGUUGACACCGUCAUUGCUCGCAAGCCGGACGCCACCACCAGGCCUACGAGAAUCAGAGAGGCUGAGAUGCUCGCACCGCCUUCUGCUCAACAACAGCCAAUCUCGAGCAACAUCAAGCCCCGUCCAGCGCCGCCAGAAGAGCACUCACGAGCGAUUACCUCCCACGGCACAACUUUGAAAGGCAAGUUGCUGGUCGAAGAUCAGGCUGAGAGGCUGCAAACGGAUCCAUUCACGAACUUGUCAGACUCCCAGCAGCCGCGCCUCCAAUUCGGCAGUUCUUCCAACUUCAUCGAGCAACUACGACGUUCCGCUGAUGAACUUGCACACACGCGGAACUCGAAGCAGGCAGAAGUAGAUGAUCCCGACAAGACCCUCGUCGAGCCAGAGCACGUUCCUCGUGGUGCAAAGCGGACAGUAAGCCUGUCGACUGCCCCUUCUUCCGAGGCCUCGUCACAGGACAGCCAGGCAGCGAGCGCUCUGUCCGAUCUGGGUCUUUGGCGCAACGCUCUGCUCCCGCACCAAAUGAAUCUCUUCGACGAGCUCGUCAACGUCGCUCACCGAGUCGUUCGCCAUCUGGUCGAUCAAGAGACUGCUGUCACGGACAUCGUGGAGGACUACCAGCGUCGCGGUGUACAGCUUGUGGAACAGAUGGAGCGGAGCCAUGUUGCGCAGCAUGAGAAGUUUGUCGCCUCACUUCAAGAGAGAAAGAAGCGGUUGCGCAAGGAGCUCGCGGCCUGUGGAGGGAAGUUGGGAGAUGGGUUUGAGAGUGUGAAGAAGGCCAAAGGUCAGCGGGGUAGAGAUCACGGAGCGGGAAAGAGUGGUUUGCGGAAGGGGUUGCAGAGUGUUCUUGAGCAGUAUUGCUAA